GUUGUCUGUUUACUCGGCACUCGGCGGUGUCAGUUUGUUAAAUGUUAAAUUGUUAACGUUAAGGUCAUUUAUUUUCGUCUGCACAGUAAUACAACUGUUGUAGUCUGUAAUGUUGUAGUACCUAUAUAUUAUUAUAUGUUAUAUAGAUAAUACGUCUAGUAUUUUCGAUACUCACUAGUCACUACUCAGUGCUCUCUAUUCGUUGAUAAAGACAAUCGUCAUUCCGCAUUCGUCAGUGGUCAGUCCAGUCAUUCGCAGUAAAUUACACCCGAAGGUGCUCUUAUCGUCGAAAGUGUCGAAACAACCCCUACGACACGAGGCCGCUUGAACGGAAAAACGUAUCCCAAACAACACGUUAUCCGGCACGCGUACCCACCCGCUCGUCGUACCUCCCACUCAAAGUCCACAGACGUUCGAAGAGUGUGAAAAAACGAUGUGAGCCGCGGCCGUCGGCGAGCCAAUUUUUCGUCCGUUGGGCGGUAGUGCCUACUGCCUCUCCCCUCGCACGAGUACGCGCACUCGUCCGAUGCCUGUAGUUGCGACUUUUUAUUUCGUUUAUUUAAUAUAAUAAUAUUCCUAACAAACCGACGUGCGUGUCUCCUGCAGUUAACAUUUAAAGUUUCAUUUUCACUUUUUGAAAUUUUUUCGCAUGGUGUAAUCGACAUGAAAACCGACUUAACCAUAGAGAUGCCAGACGGACGGUUAAAACAAUUUGGUUACAGAGCUACUGUAACAUGCAAAGUUAUCAUCCGCAUAUUGUUUGUACUUAUUAACAACAUCUAUUGUAUACCAACAUAUUGUGUUUGGAUGAUUAUAUUUUUCCCUUUGCGGAAGAUUCACCCAAACCUAUAUUGGAAACUUGAAGGCUUAUUUUUUCAUUGGCUAUUAGCAAUGGUUUCUAUGUGGUCUUGGUCAGCUGGUUAUGACAUUGUUGAAAUGGGUGAUGAUAUCAGAUUAUGUUUGAAUGAUCGUACACUAGUGUUAGUUAAUCAUCAAUCUACAGCAGAUGUGCCAAUGCUAAUGACAAAUUUUAAUUCCAAGGCCGGUGUAUUGCCCAAUAUUAUGUGGAUCAUGGACAGGAUAUUCAAGUUUACUAAUUUUGGUAUUGUUUCUAUUAUACAUCAAGAUUUUUUUAUCUUAUCGGGUAAAGAUCAGAGAGAACAAGCUGUAAAAGAAUUAAGAACUCACAUUCGUGGAUCAUAUUUACCUCGUCAGCGAAAAUUAAUUAUUUUAUUCCCAGAAGGUGGAUUUUUAAGAAAAAGACGAGAAGCUAGUCAAAGGUAUGCACAGAAAAACAAUUUACCUUUACUAGAACAUGUUACGUUACCAAGAUUAGGAGCUUUUUCAGCAAUCAUUGAUGAACUUUCACCAAAACAAACAAAAUAUGGUGGUGUGACAAACAAUAAUACUGAAUUCAAUGAAAAUACUGACAAAUUAGCGUGGAUUUUGGAUGUAACAGUUGCAUACUCCGAAGGAAGACCGUUGGAUUUACCCACUAUCAUUAUGGGUCAGAGAAGAGCUUGUCGUACACAUAUGUACUACAGAUUAUUUCCCAGUUCACUUGUUCCUAGAGAACAAGAAGAAAUGACUAAAUGGUUAUUUGAUCGCUGGGAAGAAAAAGAACGUAUCCUAGAAACAUUCUAUUCAACUGGUGAAUUCCCCAGUCAUAAAGGAUCACGUCAAUCAGCUGUUAUCCAACAGGAUUGCGUACGGUUCCUUAUAUUACAUCUAUUUUUUAUUGCAUCGUCAUAUGCCCACUACAGGAUUAUUCAUUAUUUGAUUGGAUUAGUAUGGUAAACUUGAAGAAACUAGAAAAAAAAACAAAGAGAGGAAGAACGAACAUAAUUUAUGUAGAGUUUUUCUGUAUACAUAUAUUUAUUUUAUGUAUGUAUAUACUAUAAACUUAUAUAACAGCUGGCAAUAAAACCAAUGAAUAAAUGUGAUUGAAAUCUAGGUUGUUGUAAAAAAUACAAAAUAAACAUUUUUAUAAAUAACAUUAACAUCUAAAGAUAUCACUUACAAAAAUAACUUAACUAAAAAGCACGAACGAGUUUAGUAACUGUGAUUUACUUUUAUAUGUUUCG